AUGGCUGAAGGUUAUGGUGGUGGGGAUGAAGUCAACAUGCUUCGGAGGCUUUUACUUGGGACACCAACUAAGUUUGGUGUUGGUGCUAAUGGAGCUGGUGUUGCAAGUCAUUUUAUCCAAAAAUAUGGCUGCAUUGAUAUUGAUAAGAGUUCAUGGCAUGAGAAACAAUACCUUGAUCAGAAGGUCCAGGAUUCUCUUGAUUCAGAAAAAGUUGGGGUUGUAGUUCUUGAUGAUGCAAUGCAACAUUGAAGCUUGUCGUGAGAUUUGGAUAUUGUAAGGGUUAAUGGAUUAACUCUUUGGGGUAACCUUCAACUGCUUCCAUGUAGACCAUUAAGGGAACCUUUGACUGCACUUAGACGAGCAGAUGCAGUUGUAAUCCAUCAUGCAGACUUGGUUUCUGAGCAUACUCUCAAGGAUAUUGAAUCAAUAGUCCUAGGGAUUGAAAAGUCUGUUCCUAUUUUCUUAAUAAAAAUGGAUCCAACUUACUUAUUUGAGGUGGGAACUAUCAAUGUCAAAAUACUAUUGACGGCUCUUCAUGAAGCUACUAUAUUAUGUGUCUCUGCUAUAGGUUCUGCAGAGCCUUUUGUGAAGCAGAUGCAGAAGAUGGGAGCACUUUAUGUUGAUCGAAUAGAUUUCAGUGAUCAUCACCUAUUCCUUGCCAGGGAUAUUAAGAUGAUCAGAGCCAAACUCGUAGAAUUAGAGGGGAAGUUUGGUUCCAAACCUAUUGUUGUAAUAACUGAAAAAGUGGUUGGAAUCUAGGAGCAAUAUGUUAUAGGAGCAUCAGAUAAUUUCAAGAAUCUUGUGGCCCUCACCGCACCCUGUCAAUUUGGAUCACCAAGUUUCUAAAGAGUUGCCUCAAUUCUAGGCUUCAUGCAACCACGCCAGCGUGACAUGGUUUUGCAAAUGUGGCUUAUAAUAAUCAACCAGAGGACAAGCAGAAAACAAAGGAAAUCAACGAGCAAAUUCUUCACCACCUUGGAGCUAGAAACUUUCAUGGUUUUGUCGUUCUCAAACAGCUUCUGUUGCUGCCCUGAAUCUUCAGGAUCCAAUUGACUUACAGUGAUGGCAUGCUUUUGACGGAUCAGAAGAAACACAGGCGAAAAGGAUCUAAAUCCAACAGAAAGCUGCAAAGCAGAACCAAUUUUGCAUGUCCAAAGAGUGUCCAAAUUCGUUGGUAGCUGCCAUCAAAUGCCUUAAAGCCUAUCCUAUGGUUUCAUGUGAUUUAUAAUUGCUUCAGCGUGCCUAAGCCUACACUAUGGGGAAAGGGGAAAAAGAGAAAUGGGCAUUUUUCUCUUUCCAUUCCUACAUGUACAUUCUCAUUUAGUUACCAAAAAAAAACAUCCUCAUGAUUCUGUAGAGGUGAUUAAGAGUGGUAGCAAAGAAUAAUUGGCUAGUGUUUCAAAGAGAAGAAAUACUUUAUGGGUGCCAUAUGGAAAAUUAACAUGGCUCAAUGAUAUAAUUUUCUAAACUUUCAAAGAAUACCUUAUCAAGCAGAACGAGUCUUUGCUUUA